ACUUCUGUUCCUGGACUCAGCGACUGCUUCAAUAAUUCCCUCUGAACAUUAUUUUAACAAUCUGUCAUCUGAAUUCACUGAAAUACUAAAAAACGCCUCAUGUUUCAUAGUUUACGGUACGAAAUGUUCCAGAUGAUAGGCGGGGUCAGAGGUGAGUGUUCAGGUAAGAAACGGGAAACGAACACAGAAUUCUCAUAACAUCCAGCGUGAGCACAAAACCUCUAAAAACUGUAAAACACUUUAAAACUCUAAACAUCUGCUCAAAUUUUAGCGCAAAAACAAUGAGAAAGCUCGGCUUCAGGAGAACCUGCGAGACUAAACUCAGGGCAAAGUUGAAGAGGAGUUUCCGAUGACGUAAACAAUAAAUGGACGGAGCUUCCGAGAGUCAGCCAAUCAGAAAGUAGGCGUCCUUUCGCAGCAAAGCGCCAUUGGCUGAAAACUUGUCGUGCUGCGAUUCUUAUAUAAACACCGGCAACCUGCCGGAGGGUCAGCCUGCCUCCAGCUCAUCUUCUACGGAACUACGCUAGCAGCGGGGAACAGGCGGGCAGCAUGUCGGUCGACAGUGUCUUCAGGACCCGCUCUCUCGGCGUGGCGGCCGAGGGACUUCCGGAUCAGUACGCCGACGGGAAGGCAGCCAAAGUGUGGGAGUUGUACAUCGGAGAUAUCCAGAGCCGGACCCAGGAAUACAAGAGCUGGGUGGUUUCCCUGCUGAAGCAGCACGGCGUGCGGAAGGUGCUGGAUGUGGCCUGCGGGACCGGAGUGGACUCCAUCAUGCUGGUGGAGGAAGGUUUCCAGAUGGUGAGCGUCGACGCCAGCGACAAGAUGCUGAAGUAUGCCCUGAAGGCGCGCUGGGAGCGCCGCAAGGAGGCCGCCUUCGACCAGUGGGUGAUCGAAGAGGCCAACUGGCUGACGUUGCCUGAUGACAUCCACAGACCCGCAGGCGGCUAUGAUGCCGUCAUCUGCCUCGGGAACUCCUUCGCUCACCUGCCGGACUUCAAAGGGGACCAGAGCGAGCAGCGGCUGGCACUCCGUAACAUCGCCAGCAUGGUGCGACCCGGCGGGAUCCUCAUCAUCGAUCACCGUAACUACGACUACAUCCUGGAGACGGGGCGCGCCCCGCAGGGCAAGAACAUUUACUACAAGAGCGACCUGACCCAGGACAUCACCACCUCGGUUCUGUGGGUCAACAGUAAACCUCACAUGAUCACCUUGGACUACACCAUCCAGGUGCCUCAGGCAGCGCUGCAGAAGCUUCCUGAAGUCAGUAAGUUCCGGCUGUCCUACUACCCUCACCGCCUGCAGAGCUUCGGCGAGCUGCUGAGCAACGCCUUCAACGCCAACAUGGAGCACACAGUCUACGGAGACUUCCAGGCCUUCCGGCCGGGCCAAGACCCGCCCCCCUGCUACUUCAUCCAUGUCUGCAAGAGGACAGCCUGAAGCAGGUUCUUCUGGGCCAAGCCGGGUCCGUGCAUCUCGGCAAUAUUUCCGCCUCUACCGUGCCCUGAGCAGAGACCGGUUUCUUUUCUGCCUUGAAACUGCUGAGAGCGAACAGGAAGCUGCUUCUUCAUGUUUUAGACGUUCUUUUACUCUUUCAGCCGACGGUCCGAACCGAAGCAACACCAACCAAAACAUCGCAGUGAUGAAAUUACUGAAAACGAUGAAUCUGCCAAAGAUAUUUAAAGAGCUGUUCCUGGCUGGCCGGCCGGCCGGUUCUGAAACAAUGUUCUGAUUAAUCUGCGGUCCAGAAGUGGUUCUGAUUCUUGAUCUUUUAAUAAAACAGAAGUCUGAG